AUGACAAUCUCUAUACCAAGUGGAUUGACAUUGAACUUGAUUUCAAGUGUAUCAGUUAUAUGUUUGGGAUCUUUACAAUUUGGUUAUCAUAUGGCAGAAUUGAAUUCCCCAGAAUUGGUACUAUCAUGUAAGCGAUCACAGCCUGGUGCUGUCCCAUAUGAAGAUUCUUUUUUUGGACGUAAUGGAUUUAAACAAUGUAUUCCCAUGACACCAGAUCAAAUUGGAUUGGCUACUUCUAUUUUUUCAAUUGGGGGAUUAUUUGGAUCAUUUUAUGUUGGUCAUUUAGCAGACAAAUAUGGUAGAAAGAAAACCAGUCUAUUGCAUUGUUUACUUUAUAUUAUUGGCUCGUUCAUUAAUGGUUUAAGCAAUACCUAUGCAAGCUUGUUGCUUGGCAGAUUUAUUUGCGGGUUGGGUGCCGGGUCAGCCUUGGUUAUUACUUCUAUCUAUAUAAACGAGGUUUCUCCAAUUGAAACAAAAGGAUUAUUGGGGUCAAUGAACCAAUUCAGUAUCAAUAUUGGGAUUUUAUUUACACAAUUAUUAUCAUUAAAAUGGUCUAAUGAUAAUGAUUGGAGAUGGCUACUUUUUAUGGCAUCAUUCAUUGCUAUUGCUAACGUUAUUGUUGUAUCAAGCUAUUUGAACGAAUCACCAGUUUGGUUGGCCAACCAGGGCAACACCACCCAAGCAUUCACUAUUUUACAUGGCUUAAGAGGAGGGAGCUAUUCUGUAGCCACCGAUGAAGUCAAUAGCUGGAAACUGCAGGGCCGAGGCACAACGCCUGAAAGCGAUACGUUGCUUGAAGAAGGUAACGGAAGUGAACAUAGUAGCAGUGGUGCUACUGCCGGUGGCAGUUCAAACAAAAACUUGGUAACAGUUGUAGACUAUGUUUCAUUGCCUGAGUACAGAAAUUCUUUGAUUGCAUCCACUGGUAUUUUGGUCUUGCAACAAUUUGAUGGGAUAAAUUCGAUUAUUUUCUAUGGUGUAUCGGUUUUGGUUUCCAUUUUCCCCAAUCAUUCCAUAAUUAUAAAUUGUUUGAUAUCGUUAGUGAAUGUUAUUGUUACAUUUAUUUCAGCAACUAUAGUUGAUAAGUUGGGCAGAAAGCCUUUAUUGUUGUUAUCAGUUUCAUUUUUAGGGAUUGCAACGGUAUUAAUGGGUUUGGGUAUUAUUUGGACAAGUUCUGUGUUAUCUAUUGCCGGAACAUUUACCUAUAUUACUUUUUUUGCAAUUGGAAUGGGUCCAAUUCCAUUUCUACUUGUUGGAGAAGUGACCCAACCAAUUGCCAAGGCGCUGGCGCAAAGUUGGGGGACUAGUAUGAAUUGGAUUGCUACAUUUAUUGUUGGUUAUACUUUCCCAGUCUUAAAAGAGUGGUUAGGCGGCUCAGUCUACUUUAUUUUCACUGUAAUGUGUUGUGUUAGUGUAUGGUUUAUCAAAACUAAGGUUCCUGAGACAAAAGGUAAGCAUUCGUACCAAGAAGUCUGGAGUUGA